AUGGCAUCGGCAUUAGACUUCCUUACCCUCGACGUCUUCACCUCAACGCACUAUCUAGGAAAUCCUCUGGCUGUUGUCCUCGUUCCCGCGGCCCAGGCCUCUACCUUGACUCAAGAGCGCAAACAGCUCAUCGCGCGGGAGUUCAACCUCUCAGAAACUGCCUUUCUACACGUGCCGGAAGAUCCCUUGUCCACCGAGCGCAGGGUGGACAUCUUCACUAUCGAGGAAGAGCUGCCCUUUGCGGGUCACCCUACCAUCGGAAGCACGUACCUCGUGUUAAGACACUUUGGCCUUGAGCAUGUGCGCGCGCUGUUGCUCAAGGGCGGACGCGUGGAGAUCUCCAAGACGGGAGGGGAGGCGGAAGGACGAGUGCUGGCUACCAUUCCGCACGAUGUGCACUUGCACAAGAACACCCUGCGCUCCAUUUAUCAGUCAGACGAUUCUCAGUUGGCGGAACACGUCCGCUCCGCGCUUAGCGACGAUGUCGCAAUUCGCCAGGCAGAGCUUGAUGCGCCGGUUGUUAGCAUUGUCAAAGGAAUGUCCUUCGUGUUGGUCCAGCUGCCCAGCAUCGAGCACCUUGCCAAAGUGACGACUGCAAAGAGGCUGGACUUUACUAAGCUUACAGGGCUGCUGGACGCCGGUCCUUGGGAGAAGAGCUUCACGGCACGCUACUACUACGUCAUGCUUGAAUCCUCUGAAGGGGCAAAGACCGUCAGAAUACAGGCUCGAAUGGUGGAGAUGGGUAUGGAAGACCCAGCCACUGGUUCGGCCGCGAGUACGCUCACUAGCUACCUAACACUCCAAAGUGCCGCAGAUAACGUCGAGUAUGAAAUAGUCCAAGGCGUGGAGAUGGGGCGGCGUAGUCACAUUGCAGUUGCAAUUGAGGCCGUUGGUGCUGGGGAGGCGAGGAAGAUAGUAGACCUAAAGCUCGGUGGCACAGCCAGGGUUGUGAUGAAGGGUACAUUGGUGUAA